AUGAAGGCUGUCUCCAACAUUGAUCUUUCCUGGAAGGAGGUGACACAGCAGGGCCUCAAGGCUGUGUGGAAAAAGAUCUGGCCAGAGCUGUGUGAGGAUGUGCAACUACCAGAGCCCAUUAUAGUGGAGAUAGUGGACCUAGUGACCACGGCUGGUCUAGGAGACACAGAUGCUCAGGACAUCGAGCAUUUAGUCCAGGCUUCAGGUGAGAGCAUCAACAAUGAGAACCUUAAAGGACUGGCUGAACAGGGCACACAGGAACCUCAGGACACCAGUGACUCGGACACUGAGCCUCCAAAAGAACUUUCCUCUAAGCUCCUAAACAGGGCAUUGCCUCAGGUCAAUGACAUAAUAGAUGAGCUAGUAGCCAAUGAUCCUGAUGCAACUAGGAGCAGGAAUGCAAGGUGCAUUGUGCUGGGAGGGGUGUCUUGCUACCGCCAUUUGCUGGAUAUCCGCAAGAAGCAUAGACAAAUAACCCUUGACCAAUUUGUGGCCAAAAGAACAAGGCAGGCGGUUGACCCUGGAGCCUCCACAUCCACCAGUUAA